AUGGCAUCUACCAACAGACCUCUGCUGUCGCGGCUUACGCUUUACAAUGGCAUGACCAUUCCGCAGAUUCAGCUGGGUCUCUUCAUGAUGUCCGGCCGCGAGGCCACGCAGGCCGUGCACUGGGCGCUGCAGGCGGGCUACCGCGGCUUCGACACGGCGCAGAUGUACGGCAACGAGCGCGAGGCCGGGCGGGCCAUCGCGAGCUUUCUCUCGAGCCGGCAGGAGAACCGCGAGAACCUCCGCCGCGAGGACAUUCACUACACGACGAAGCUCAUGGAGAACGGCACCUCGUAUGACUCUGUCCGCCGUUCCAUCAAGGAUUCCGUGGAGGCGUGCGGGCUGGGCUACGUGGACUUGUUCCUCCUGCAUAGCCCGUAUGGGGGCAAGGAGGCGCGCCUGACGAGCUGGAGGGCGCUGGAGGAUGCGGUUGAGAGCGGAGGGGUUCGCAUGAUUGGCGUGAGCAACUUUGGCGUCCGGCAUGUCGAAGAGCUCAUGGCGUCGAACCCCCGGAUCAAGCCCGUCGUCAACCAGUUCGAGGUGCACCCGUUCCACACGCAAAUGCCCAUCCGAAAGGUCUGCAAGAAGUACGACAUCACCGUCGAGGCAUACGCGCCGUUUGCACGGGGCCUGCGCCUCAAGCACCCGGCGGUUGUGGAGCUGGCCAACAAGUAUUCUUGCACGACGUCACAGCUGCUAGUCAAGUGGGCGAUGCAGCACAACAUGGUGACGCUUCCCAAGAGCACGCGCCGCGAGCGCAUGAUUUCGAAUGUGGACGUGGCAGGGCUGCAGAUAUCGGAGCAGGACAUGAGGGCCAUGGACAAUCUCGACGAGGGCUUCAUCAGUGCCUGGAACCCCACGAACGCGGCAUAA